AUGUCAACCUCGUUUUACCAUGCUUUGUCGACAGCUAGGAAACCAACGAAAAUUCAUUUAUUUGCAAAUCAUAUUUUAACUAAAAAGUAUCAUCAUGAUAAUGAUGAAAAUGUUAAUCAUUUACGACAAGUAAUCGGUAUAUUACAACAUCAUGAUGCUGUAAUUGGUACUGCUAAACAACAUGUAACAAAUGAUUAUGCAUGGCAUUUAUAUAAUGCAACAAAAUCAUGUUAA